UAUCGGUUCUGCAUUUCGGUCUCCCCAAUGGCUUCCGCUCUCUCUUCUUUCCGACCAGGAAUGGUCCGGGCCUCCGCUUCCUCCUCUACCAAACCCGACCCAAAUCGCCGGAAACCCGUCUCGGCCAACUGGUGGGCACCGCUCUUCGGCUGGUCCACGGAUCCGGACUACAUUGACCCAUCUGGAACCGAGCCACGCGGCUCAGAUCCGGAGCCCGAAUCGGGACGUCCCAGGUCCAGAUUCACGCUCGGGUGCUUCACCGAAGAGAAGGCGAAGCAGCUCCGGAGGAAGAUGGUGGAGAACUCUGCGUUUCACGAUAUAAUGUACCACUCGUCCAUCGCGUCUCGGCUCGCCUCCGAUAUUUCGGAGUGGUCGGAGAAGUAGGUCCUGUAAGUCUCCCUCCUACGGUUUGGGUCAAGAUCCUUGGUUCCCUGGCUUGCAAUUCGUCGAAAUGAUAAGUAUGAGAUUUUUUUUUUUUUUUUUGUUGGAACAUUGAUGUGUGUGUUUGGAGAUGAGGUACAAAGACAAUGUUGUUUGCGUGUA